AUGGGCCGCCGCUCUCCCCGCUCCGGCCGGCCGGGCCACGUGAGCCCCCGCCACGCCCCCUGCGGCCGCCGCGCGGGGAGGCCACGCCCCCUGGGCGGCCGCGGGGAGGGCGGGGAGGGCGGGGAGGAUGCGGAGCGCUCCGCGGACGGGGGGCGCCGCGAAACGCCGGGGGCCCGCGGAGGGGACCGGGUGGUCUGGUUCCGCCGCGGCGCAUCCCAGGAUGGCGCAGGUCGGAUGUGCUGCCAGAGCCAGCCGGCGGCCUCCUCCUCCCGUUCCCCGCCUCCGCUGAUGCUUGGUCAUCUCCUGGGAAUCGCCCCCAGGUCCCCUGCCCCCGAAGCAAAAGUCUGUUCGUACUGCGAGCGCUCAGCCAUUGCUUGGGCUUUGGGUGCAGGGAGGAGAACGCCCAGAAAUAAGACCGGCCCUUGCACCUGCUCUCGUAGCAGCGAGCCCGGGGGUCCACGCUUUACUCCCUGGGCAGCUGAGAAGCAUCCCCAGAGCUUGCAUUUUAGGCAGCACACGUGGAAGGGCUGGGUGGAUGAACCAGCUAAGGGGCCCUAUUUUAUUGGGGGUGGAAGGACUCUGCAUGCGCCAAGGCCCCCCUGUGUGUGAUAUCCCGCUGCACCUAAGGGAGAGGACUCAUUUACUUACAGAAUGAAGGCGCUGGACCCUGGAUAAAGACUGUGAAAAUUACUAAUGAAAAUACAGAGACUUUUGUUGAGAGAAUAUUGCAAACAUAUUGUUAACAAUGACCCGCUCUCUGGCCUGUGUAUCAGACAAUCAG